GGUUAAGGAUUGUUGUGAGAAAAUGGCGAUUUUGUUGUCGUAGUAUGCGGAAAAAUGUAGCGUGAACUUUUAAAGUACUCUUAGUAAGUAUUUCGUUGCGGUUAUUUCGCAGGUACUCCGUUAAUAUGCUUAAUAAUUAACAAGAAAAUCUUGGCUUUAGCGCAACCUCUUCUGAGUCCUGGACGUCCUGGAAAGUUUGCUUGCAGGUAGUUUUUAACGCCGAAACGCGAAGCCGACCAAAAAAUGGCUACGUUACAGUUUCCCCAUCCAGUGGCAAAUAAGUUGGGUCAAAAAGCGUGAGUAAGGAACAUUGAAGUUGUCUUUUAUUUGACCAAGAUUAGCGCGUUUCAAUGGCGUAGCUCUACGUUUUGAAAACACUGGGCUUCGUUGUUUUUGGUUAUGGCUUUGCACAACUUAGUUUUUGUUAUCGACGUCGAUUAUGAGGGUGACAAGUCAGACGAUCGACUGGAUGUCCAGAACCACUUCGUGAAACGGGCCGUAUUGUACAUCCUGCUGCAUUUAGGCUACAAAUAUGGGUUUGAGAAAGUGCGCUGGGGUUAUAAAUUCUUCCGGUCCCAAACUGGUCGUAGUAAUGGCCGCGUCAUUUCACGAGUUUCUGAUUUCAAGGAACUUCGACACAAAACAUUUGAGGACUUUGAGCAAGAGUUCGAAGCGAGGAUGGACGGGAAGGACAGCGUGUGCUGGUCUCAACACAAGCAACAGUCCAGUAAGUCGGAAUCAGUGCAAAAGGCUCUUAAAGAGACUCUGCUGGACUUUCAGUGGGACAGACCAGACAUCACAUCUCCCACUAAACUGUCCCUGAGGCCCAGGAGGUCGAGUCGUGCUGGGAGCUCCGAUCCGUUAAAUGAAAGUGACAUUUCAAACAGAGGGAGAAAUUUAGUCUUCAUUGUUUCUCAAUGCCCGCUUUCAAAGACGCAGCUUAUGGACUAUCUGUCUUUAAACGAUGAUGACCUGCCAACAGAUGUGACAGAAUAUAUCUUAUCAAAGAGUCUGAACGACAUGCUGCUUCAGAAACAAGUUGUCCUGCACUGGAUUGACUGUGGAGCAAAUGUUCAGGUUACGAGCUGCGAGGACUACCUUGGCUCUGAAAAGCUAUCUGAGGUCCUAGCUCAAGUGGGUGGCAGAGUGAUCUCACUGGUUGCACUGAUGAACCUCUGCUGUGAACACCAAGCAGACUCUGGCUUCACGAGAGAGGCCUUUCCAUUCAGGUCCAGCUUUAGCUAUCUCCUGGCUUCUGAAAGUUUAUACCGCUCAGCUUUUCCUGCCAUCAACGGUGUUCUGCAGUGGGAUCGAGGAAAUGUGACUCAAAGUUGUGGUGUUUUGGUGGAGCCAGUUUCUCGCAGACAGAAGCUUCUGCAGGAGUCUGUAGAAAUGUAUCUGAAGGGAGUGCUGAAGGGCUGGGAUGCUUCAACACUCACACAAACACCUGCAGAGACCUGGGUGCUUCAGGCCUCCAGGAGCAAUGAGCAGGAAGCUGCUGUCUUCCUGCAACUCUUACAGCAACUGUCUGGUUUUUCUCUUCAUAUGCUUGCAGAAGUCAAAGAUAAUGGACUGCUCUACUCGGCUGUCUUCUCCCCGCUGUCACCCUCCACGGCGCUGCUGACUAUUCUUCAACCAGUCGUCACUCAGCGGGACCAGUUUUUGAGGACUGAGAUGAUUGCCCCGGUCACAGCUGAAACUCCUCCUGAUCUACCAGAUGUGGUGAACAGUGUCCUGGGAGUCAUUUAUGACAUCAUGAACAAAGACGAGGAUGGGACCAAAGAUGAGUUAAAGGAUCAUCAAGUACCUGAGUGGGCUCAGCAGGAGUUGACCCAAAACCUGCAAACAACUGACAUGUUGGAGACGUGGUUCCCUCAGUCGGAUCAGGCUGGUGUCAGCGCACAAUUAAUGGAAUCAAUAAGAUUGCUUCAUGCAGUUCCAGAGCAAGAAAGCGAUGAGGAGUUUUCUGCCCCUCAGCAGGAACUGGUCUGUGGUCUGUCUGAACUGUACCAGGAAUCCCAGGACUCGGCCCUCAAGAGAGGCAAGAAACGUGGCGCACACUGUACACCAGUGAAGCAGAAGAUGAAGACAAUGAGCCGCUCUUUGCAAAUGCUGAAUGUGGCACGUCUAAAUGUCAAAGCCCAAAAGAACCAGACCGAUUCUGAUCAGCUCGGGCCUGAGUGUAGGGGAUCAGGCAGACCAGGGAGGAGACGGUGUAGUGAAAGGAGUAAAUCAGAAGGAAGGAGUACAGUCACCUUCAGCAGUGAGGAGGAGCUGCUGUCUCAUCUGAAGGCCAGUUAUGACAAGAAUGUAGCAGAAAGAGACCAGUCUCUCCUAACAAGUGUUCAGCAGCUUUUGGCUGAAGUAAAAACCUUUCUCAUGCAAUCAGGAUGGGAGGUAAAGGCAGCCUUAUUUGUUCAACAGCACCUCCUGAAGACCAGUAAAUCAAUCCGACAGCUUUAUGGAGUCUCUGCUGAUGCUGAUAACAAAGUCAAAGAGUGCCAGCUGCAGGUGGUGUUACAGCUGGAGUUGUGCAGACUUUUCUCCUCAACCCAGUCUGAUUCUCUGAAUGCUGAUCAGAUGGCGGAGGAAGCAGCUGAAAUGCUCAGAAUAAUCUCUUUAACAAAAGAUCCAGUUUACCUAGCAAGGUUCCUUCAAGAUGAAAUCCUCCCGGGGUUCCUGACUGCCGUUCCCAACGUGCUUGGAGACAUCUACCACAGUUUGGGUAUUCAGCUGCCAGACGCUUUAGUUUCGGCUCUGCCAGCAGACUUCUUCAGCGACGAAUCAGUUGCCAAGGAAAGUGUUUCUCCUUUUGCUGCCUCACCUCCCAUCUCAACACAAAGCCAGGUUUCAGAUGGCAAAGACGAUGACUUGCAGGACCUGCGAAAUCGAUCCGCCAAUAAAAGGAGGAGUGGGAGGUUGACUCGUCAUCGCAGUAUGACUGAAGCAACCCAGAGUCUGCGUCAAAUAGAACUGCCCAAGAAGACUACAAGAGCUGUAUCCAAAACAACAAUUUCUGUUGCUUCAGAGAAACCUGUGAAAGAACUAAAAGCUCAGAAACAAGAAAAACAAGAGGUGACUAAAGUGAGAAGAAAUCUUUUCAAUCAGGAGAUUGUUUCUCCCUCAAAGAAAGUCAAACUGCCAAGGAGCCAAUCUGUUUCUGCAGUGGAGGGACUGAAACGCAAACGCUCUCAUGAAUCUCAAGAGAGACACAAACUUCUUACAAAGAAAGUGUGUGAAACACCCAUCCAUAAGCAAGUAUCAAGCCGCCUCCUACAACGCCAGAAGAUUGGGAGAACAUCUAAUCUUGCUGAGGAGUGUAUUGUGGAAGAAUCCCCAGAAAAACCUACUGAUGCUCUGAGAAGGAGCCCCAGAUUAAAGAAGUUUGCUCGAAGACACUCAAACAUUUUCUACUCAAGUUCUCAGCCUCGUUCCAGAAACCUCGAGAGGGCUUUUUCUGCAUCCCAGCUCAGCCUCGGAGACAGUAAAAUCUGUGAGGUUGAUGUGAGAACAGUUCAGUCUCCUGUGCGUCUUCUUUUUGGGGCUGUUGAUUCUCCCAUUAAAACCUUUGGUUCUGGUGAAACCAGGACCUCCAGGUCCAGGCUGUCCACAAACUCGAGUGUCUUUGAGAGUCCAAACAAAACGCCAACAAAGUCACCCAGGAAGCAUGGCAGGGCCGUCACUGGAAAUUUGUCUCCGAUGAUACUUAGGACACCUCAGACUCCAGUGACCUCUAAAACCCCACCAACAUCCAGGAUGCUUGUGUCUUCUGUCACAGAGAGUCCUGUAGUGGGCUGCUCUGAACCUAAGAGUCCUUACAGACCUUCAGCUGGAGAGCUUCUUGUUGUAGAAACACCUACUAAGCAAAGUCCCAUUAGAAGCCCUUUAAAGAGUAUUCUUAAGACUCCUGUGAAAGCCUCCUCUGGUUUACAUUUAUUUAGCAGCCCACUUUCAAGAACUCCCAAAAAGAGUGUCACAUGGUCCCCCUCUCCUCAAAAAUGUAGAGUUGUCGAGAAUAGUGCUACUUUUAAAGUGCCUAAGUCACCAAAUGCUACAUCUGUCACUUCUCCAAGAUGGAACAAAAGCCCCAGUACGCCUGAAAGUUCUAUUCAUGCCACAAACACUAAAAGAGACAUUUUUAAGACUCCAGAAAAGAUCUGUCAAGUGAAACUGGUACGACUAUCUGAACAGGUCGUUUUGAGUCAAGAAAAAAACCUGACAUCUGAAAAAAGUAACAGGAAUGAAACUCCAGAAAAGAGUGAUUCUCCUCCUCUAUCCACACCUUCUGCAGACCAACAGAGCUCACCUCAGCUCAGCUGCAGAACUCAAGAGAGGACCCCUAGUCCUACUCACCAGAUGGCCACUCGCUCUGGGCGUACCCCAGGGAGAAGUCCAUCGACUGCCUCCCCGUGUGAUCUGGCAGUCUCAAAAAUAAGAUUCACUAAAUUUUCUGAGGAAUCUGAUUCAUUAGUUAAGUCUCCUGCAAAGGUCUUAACAAAAAGACGGUCAGGUCAAGAUGGUAGAACAAAAAGACCUAACCUAAACCUACAGUGUGGUGAGAGUUUUGCCUCUGAAAAACCCUCAGUAUCUACUGACAAUCAUGUGGUGAAGACUGUGCUUUCACUUGAUAAGGGGGAGCAGCUGGAAAGCUCUCAACCCUCUGAAACUAAUUCUAGUCUCCAUACAACAUCACAGGAGUCUGACUCUUCUCAUGCUAAUUCUGCCACCACGGAUGAUAGCAUAGAUAUCAUUGAUGCUAUAGUUGUAAAGACCCAGUUUAAUAAAGGCCUUAAAAUGAACAUUUGCUUCUCAAGAAAACCAUCCAUGUCCGGGGAAGAUGGUUCUUCAAACCAACAUUUACCCUCACAAAGCUCACCUAGUCGGAGUUACGGCUUUCGACAAACUCCUGACCGCCAACAGAGAGAGGCUGCUGCUCGUUUGGGAUAUGAAAACGAUUUCCCUAGAUUUUCGACUCCUAGAGGUCCAGCAAAAUCUAAACGACAGAAAAAACCUAAUACUCCUACGUACCAAGCUGAAUUGGAAAUGCAGACAUCGGGUCUUCCUAAGCUCAAAAUUAAACGCCAAGAUUCCGGGACUGCGGACGACUCUGCUUCGGAUGGAGGUCCUCAGUCGGGAGCUCAGAGCCCUUCAGUGGGUGCGAAAUCUCACGUGGGAAGUCCAGGGUCUUUGUUGUCUAAGCACAGGGAUCCUGCUGGUUACUCUCCAUCUCUCUGUGCUCACGUCACCCCAGCCAAGAGCACACCUGGGAAAGGUGGUAGUAUCCAAACUUACAUCUGCCACUCGUACACACCUACGCAUCAUCCUGCCGCGACGAUGUCUCCAGUGGCUGUUGCAGACGUCAUCCCCCUUACGCCCUCGCCUCAAAGUGUGGGGAAAGGAACCCCAGAAAACCUCAACGGCUGGCCUCGCAGGAAGAGAGCUCGCUUUGGAGUGUUUGGAGGCAAAGAUCGAGGUUUGAAGGGCGAGCCGCUGCUGGAGGAGUUGCUGGAGGAGGCUGAGCUUGGAGUUAGCAGGUUGCAGGACUUUGAGGACAUUGAUGAACCUUUGAGUAGCAAAGCAGAAAAGUUUGCUUUGACUUCCAAACCUUUACCCACAACAGCUGCAACAAAUGUGUCUCCUGUCUCUCCACUGGAGGAUUUGUUUUGGGUGAAAAAGCUGGCUGAACAGAACAGCUGUGUGGAUCCUCAGAGAGCAGAUGAAGUCACAUGGAUCUCUAAAAUUGGAGAUGUCAGAUCAACAGUUGUGACCCCUCCCAGUUUAAAGGAGAGAAAACCAGUGACUGCUAGUGGAAUUUUCGCUCUCACUCAGUCUCCAUUGCUGUUUAAAGGAAAAACGAGUUCUGCUCAAAAGAGAACGCCAAACUUUAAAGAUGGAGCUGCAACAGGGAGAACAGAAGCAGAUGAACUGGAGCCUUUCGGUCAGCCAGUCAGACGCUCCAACAUGGGGAAGACCUACAGCAGGAAGAGACUGCUGCACUGAGCUGAAUUAAACCAGCAGGCAGGCAAAGCUAAAGACCAUUCAUGUUUUGAACUGUGAAAAUAGGAACCUUCAGUUGUGAAAGAUAGCUUUCAGGCAUUGACUGAAAGGUUUUAUUGUUAAAUAAUUGUCCCUUUGAUCUGUUUCUUUAAUUG